AUGCGCAAUCUCAGCAUCCUCUUCAACUUCCUCCUUCCUUCGGCGCUGGGCAUCUCGGUUUCCAUCCCCUCGAUCCCUCAGACGCUUCUACAAAACCUCGAGGAUGGCAAUGGAAACGUAUCCACGGCGCUCUUCGCAGAUCUAGAGGAGUUUAGUAGGAUCGUGGAUAUCUCGUAUUGUGUGGGCACCACAGGGAUUCAGUAUCCGUUUUUGUGCGCGAGUCGGUGUGAGGAGUUUCCGGGGUUUGAGCUCGUCGAGACUUACUGCUCCGGUGUUCUGGCGGGUGAGGGAUGCGGGUAUAUCGUGCUGGACCAUGGGACGGGGGAGGGGAUGAGGAAGGGGAAGGGGAAGAAAGUGUUGGAGAAGGGAGAGGAGGGGGAGAUGGAGGAGAGGGAGGGGUAUAAGAGGGUGAAGGGGAAUGGGAAGGAUGGGAGGAAAGGCAGAAUCAUAGUCGCAUUCCGAGGAACUUACAGUAUCGCAAACACGAUUAUCGAUUUAAGCACCGUACCGCAGGAAUAUAUACCAUACCCCGAAGACCCCUCGAAUUCCACAUCCCACCCCAAUAAACCGUGGUGGAAACCAUGGCGCCAAACCAGAGACCUGCCAAAGGAAAGAAAGUGUAAGAACUGCACAGUCCACACAGGUUUCUUUACAACCUGGCAAAACCUCCGUCCCUUAAUCCUCCCGCAUCUCAAUACCCUACACGAAAGAUAUCCGGACUAUGAACUCCAUCUCGUGGGACACAGUCUCGGUGGUGCGGUCGCUGCGCUUGCCGGGUUGGAACUUGAGGGGAAGGGGAUGAGACCGACGGUUACGACGUUUGGAGAGCCGAGGAUUGGGAAUGAGGGACUCAGAAACUACUUGGACGAUACAUUUGCGCUGAAGGAGGGCAACGGGGAGGCGCAAGGGAGUUUAAGGGGUAAAGGGGAGAUGGAUGGGGGAAGAUAUAGGAGGGUCACGCAUGUAGAUGAUCCGGUCCCUUUAUUACCACUCGAGGAAUGGGGAUACAAACAACAUGCUGGCGAGAUUUAUAUCGGGAAGAAGGAAUUACAACCGGCUGUCGCGGAUUUACGAAUGUGUAGCGGGGAUAAUGAUCGGGAGUGUUUGGACGCUGAAGCUGUUCCUGCGUCUCUCCUCGAUUUAACACCGGAAGAAAUACGGCAAUUCCUCCUCAGCUCGCCUGAAACGGAGGAAGGACGUGGGGAAGGGGAAGGAAAAGGGGACAUGAGGGAGUUACGCAAGAGAUGGGGUCUCCCGAUAGGUUCCCGAUUCAAGAUGUGGCAGCUCUUCUUCGCGCACAGGGAUUAUUUCUGGAGACUGGGGCUUUGUGUUCCUGGUGGUGAUCCGGGGGAUUGGGGUAGGGGACGGUAUGGUGAUGGUGAUGAGCCGCAGUGA